GUUCGAAGCCCGGUGAUGAUACUUCCCCCGCCGUGCCCCGCCCCGCUCGGUUGCAGCAGUCGCCGCGAGCUGGAGGCACAAACAGGCUCGACGAUGGGAGGAACGCAGACGCGCGUCACUCAGCUGGAUCCAGAUCUGGUGGAGAGGACUGGAUUUUCACCAGAGCAGAUCAACAAUCUCCACAAAAGAUUUCAGCAGCUGAGUGAAAAUAAGGAGACAAUCAGCAGAGAAAGUCUGAACAGAAUCCCGGCUCUGGCUAACAAUCCCAUCAGAAGUCAAAUUAUUGAAGCUUUCUUUGACAAAAGGAACCAGCAUGGCAGUGAAGUGGGUUCCCUGGAGGAGAUAACCUUCGAGCAGUUCCUCAUGGUGAUGUCCCACUUCCGCCCCCCAACAGUGGAAAUGACCGACGAGGAGAAGGAGGCGGUGAGAAGAGAGAAGCUUCGCUUUUUGUUCAACAUGCACGACACAAACGGCGAUGGGACAAUAACUCUGGCGGAGUACAGGAAGGUGGUGGAGGAGCUCCUGUCCAAGUGCGGCACCAUCGGCCAGGAAGCCGCCAAAGAGAUCACAGACGCCGCCAUGCUGGAGGUGGCGAGCACCAACGUGCCCCACAUGGGUCCGGAGGACUUCUAUGAAGGAAUCACCUUUGAACAUUUCGAACAGAUUUUAAAGGGUCUGGAAAUGGAGUCCAGGAUGCACAUUCGCUUUCUGGACACUGCCACAGUGCAUUGUGGGAAGUCUUGAGAGAACCGUUUUUGUAAAGCCUGCUCGUUUUUUGAAGGAAUUGAAACAAAAAACUUUGACAUUGCACUUCUAUGGAGAGAUUUUAAUUCUUUUCUACUUCCCUUUUAAACUCUGAAUCAGCAACUGCGUUUUAUAAUUGUUGGAUAAUAUUUUUUUAUCAGUUUAACUGCACAAUUUCAUAACACAAAUGUAGAAAUAAACAAUCAAGAAGAGA